AUGGAAAGGGAAAAGUCGCAAAUAGAAGAGAGGAUAAACGCUCUCAGGCAAGCGGCGUAUGGCUUGCCUGGGACGUGGAGUGGCCGUAGGCAAGAGGCACAACAGACGGCGAAGAUUCGACCGCGCCAAUAUCGGGCCAUUCAGCAGCGCAGAAGAACAACUCGUCGAAGGACAGGCCAUGUCCCACUACCACCACCGCAAAGCAGUCAUGACCAUACGCCGGGCCUGAUCAUAGAUUACCCACCAUCGCCCCUAUAUAUAUCACCAGCACCGUCACGGUCAUCAAGCCCUUCAUCAGGUGCUUGCGAGGAGUGCCCCGAGGAACACCCGGAGGACAGUGCCAGCUCACAGCGAGAGGAACCCGAGUGGGGGUUUUGGCAACAAAUACGCCGGCAGGCUUAUACUGGACGUACCAUGUUCGGUCAGACAGCAGGCAGUGGCACCCAGAUGGGAGGGCAAGAGUUACAGCGGUCGCCAUCACCAUCCAGAUCCCAAUCCCCACCACUAACGAUCCGUCAUCUCGCUAUACGCACCCGUCGCUGCAGGGACAACACCCCUGUUCGCAUGAUUAGGAGGAGAUCCGCUGGAUAG